UUCGGUUGAGCAUUCUUGGCAACGUCUCGCUCGGAGAACAAGCUGCACACUGACGGUGAACCACCGACUGUUUCCCCCCCGAUGUCCAGAGAGUUGUGAUUAACGGACUAACAGAACACACCGGAGCGGGUUUUGGACGAAAGUACAGAGCUUCCUCUGCCGGCACUGUCACACCAAACCUUUCACUAAUUGCUUUGCCUGCACAACUGAGGGCAGAAAAGAAAGCUGAGAAUAAUCCUAAAGAAAGAGGAUCCAGACUUGUUCCAUCAUGCACCACUGAAUUUUCUCCAUCUCCCACUAAAGGCAAUGUUUCUGGGAGCGAGAGGCCACAGCAGAGUGUGUGUGGGGCCCCUCCCCAGCACCCCUCCUGAGAUGGGAUGCCAGAAGCCUUCCCACCGGCCCUGAGCUCUCCCAGGGCGUCAUGAACACCUACAGAGACAGGGGGGUAACCUGCGUCUCCUCAGACCUUCUGGAUGGAGGCGGAGGGUUACCCCAAAACGCUCCACUCCGUCACACCCCCAAUGGCCACCCCACAGAACCAGCAGCACAACCUCGCAUCUCUGUGCCCAAAAUGGGUGUUCGUGCACGGAUCGCCGAAUGGCCUCCCCGUCGCGCGCAGUCUCGGGAGUUGCUGCUUGAAAACGGACAAAACGGGAACAAUCACUACGACGACUGCUCCGUCUCGUCGUCGGUUUUGUCAUCCGACGGCAGGCUGGUGCGAGGAGGGGUCGCCAGGCUGCCCCGCAGAUGGUCGAAGGACGUGGAGUUCAGAGGCGGGGGGUUCGCCGGCGACAGAGGCUCGCCUCUCAGUCUAAGAGUCUUCCCACCACUCAGACAGCGCUCCAACAGUGAAGUAACGCUCAGCGAACAAGAUGAAAAUGAGGUGGAGGCUCGAGGUGGCGGUGGGUUUGGAAACCGGUUCCGAGUGUACGGCAGCACUUCUUCCAUCGACAUCCAGGGCAUUCCCGAGCAAGGCUUCUUUGAAAUGCUCAGUCAGUUCCAGCAGGAGAGACCUGACCAGCGCAGCUCAGCUCCCACACAACUCGGAGAGCUGCUGCGAGUUACGGACCCGUCAAAGACUCCUUUCCCCGGCGCUCCCUCCCCUGCUCCCACAGGUGGGGAUGACAAAGGAACGGGGCGAAAGGACGGUACGGAGAGAGCGAGGAAGAAAAGUGGUGGGACGGAGUCUGCGCUGGGUACUUCCUCUCUGUUCAGGAAGCUUCGGAGCUCCAGUCGGGGGGAGCUGGACGGAGGAAAGGGAGAGACUACCGAGGACAGGGGAGGCAGAGGCUCUUCAGAUGCCUCUUAUAAACCCUGGGUGUGUCCAAAGAGCUUUGUCCACUUUGAUGCUCAGAGCGUCCUGUUCGACCUCCACGAGGCAGCAGCUCAGCGCAGCUUUUCUACUCAGCGUAGGAACACCGCCACCGGAGCAUCGGCCGCAUCGUCCUUGUCUGGCUCCAGAUUGUCAGCUCCGAACCUGAACGACCCCAUUUACUCGAGCAUCGAGGAUCUGACCCUUAACCUCGAUCAGAGCUCCACAGUCCCCUCCCUACCUGCGGACCCUAUAGAUGGGCCUGCAGCGCACACUUCAAGCCCACUGCUCCUCUGCUGUCCCCACUUCCUCAACGAGAUAGGCGGGCAUAGGGAGAGAAACGUGAGCUUCCUCAGCUCCUCAGCAGAACGAGGAGAUGGAGAUGGAGGAAGAGGGUGGCUGAGGAAGAGUAAUGCCAGCAUAUCUGUGCUGGAGAUCCCUGUUGAAGAGCAGGAGAUGAGGCUGGAAAGACUGAAACUAUACGGCAUAGAGCAUGUAGACCAGGGGGCUUGCUACUACAGAGACUACUUCCAUGGGAAAGAGCACUCCAACUACUUCGGGACGGACGAUAAGCUGGGCCCCGUGGCCGUGAGCAUUCGCAGGGAGAAAGUGGAGGAUACCAAAGACCACAAAGACCAGUACCAGUACCGCAUAAUCGUCAGGACCAGUGAGCUCGUGACCCUGCGUGGCUCCAUCUUGGAAGACGCGGUGGCAUCGACGGGGAAACACGGCACUGUCCGAGGUCUUCCGCUCAAAGACGUCCUGGAGCAGGUCGUCCCUGAGCUCAACGUCUCUUGUCUGAGACUGGCGCUCAGCACGGCCAAAGUCACAGAGCAGCUCCUUAAACUGGACGAACAGGGGCUGAGUCACAAGCACAAAGUGGGUGUUCUGCUGUGUCGUGCGGGCCAGAGUACAGAGGAGGAGAUGUACAACAACGAGGAGGCAUCACCCGCCUUCUCUGCCUUCCUGGGGCUGCUGGGGGAGCAGGUGCUCCUCAAAGGAUUCUCGAAAUACGCUGCACAGCUCGACACAAAGACUGACUCGACAGGCACCCACUCCCUUUACACCACCUACCAGGGCUAUGAGGUGAUGUUCCACGUGUCCACCAUGCUGCCGUACAUGCCCAACAACCCACAGCAGCUCCUGAGAAAGAGGCACAUAGGUAAUGACAUUGUUACCAUAAUUUUUCAAGAGCCUGGAGCACAGCCUUUCACCCCUCAGAACAUCAGGUCCCACUUCCAGCACGUCUUCGUUAUUGUUCGGGUGCACAAUCCCUGCUCCGACGGCACCUACUACAGUGUUGCUGUAACACGGAUGGAGGACGUCCCCUCUUUUGGACCACCCAUCCCCAGCGGAGUCACCUUUCGUGAUCCGGAGAACUUUCGUAACUUCCUCCUCGCCAAAGUCAUCAAUGCGGAAAACGCAGCGCACAAGUCCGACAAGUUCCACACCAUGGCGACGCGGACUCGGCAGGAGUACCUCCGGGACCUGGCCGAGAACUACGUCAGCAGCACGCCCCUGGACUCGGCUGGGAAACUGAACAACCUCAUCUCCCUGGCGUCUAAGAAACGUGAACGCACGAAAGCGAGAGAGAGAGCGGAGCUGGACGCAGACGGGGCCGUCGCCUGGAGAGUCCUGGCCCAGGACUUUAGCGGCGGGGCCGCAGAGCUACCCUGUGCCUUGGGAAUAUCAGACGAAUACGUGGUGCUCAUCGACUGCUCCACCAAAGAGGUGGUGUUCAAUUGUUUCUGUAGUGAUGUAAUCGGCUGGACACUGGAGCGGCUGGCAUUGAAGAUCUUUUACGGGAGAGGAGACCACAUUGCGGUCAGAGUACCAGAAGGAUCUGGACACGACGUCACAGAGAUGGUGCAGAGGUUAAAGAUGUUGACAGUCGGGUGCGAGACGGUGGACAUGACGCUAAGAAGAAACGGACUGGGACAGCUGGGCUUUCACGUCCGUCUGGACGGCACCGUCUCCGAGGUGGAGGAGUACGGCUUCGCCUGGCAGGCGGGACUGAGGCAGGGCAGCCGCCUGGUGGAGAUCUGCAAGGUGGCCGCCGUGACGCUCACUCACGAGCAGAUGAUCGACCUGCUGAGGACGUCGGUCACCGUCAAAGUGGUCAUCAUUCCUCCAUACGAAGAGGGCAAACCUCGCAGGGGCUGCACAGAGGAGUACGAGAUGAAGACCAUGGAGCAGAAGCCUGAGCCUGAGCCUCUGGCAGCCGGAUACCGACCUUCUCUCCACCAAACAUGGCGAUGGGAGAGCUCACCCAUUCCUGCGGGACUCCUGAAUGCUCCCAACAUGCCUCGCUGGGGACCCAUGGGCCCUCUGCCUCCUCCUCUGGCCCGCUCACACAAACCCCUGAUGCCAGUUCCCUACAGAGAGCCACAGCACUUCACCUCCAAGAGGCCUGUAAGUUACCCAGAGAACCACUACAACGUGUCUCCUGCAGGAGGCGACAGAGUCCUGCCCUACAGAAACCCCUCUGCCAGCUUCUCGUCGCCCUCCACGGGGCUGGUCGCCCUCUCCGUCAUGGGCUCUCCUGGAAUGACUCCAGGAUCUUUUGUGCACUACAAGCAGUCGCCUGACAGGUUUGGAUCAGUACAGCGCCCCCUGCUGCCCUAUGUACCGCACUUCAGUGUGGACAUCACUUCGAGUGGAGAGUCUUCCUCAGGGUUCAUCAGUCAGGAGAGCACAAUGGAGCGCUGCAAAACGGAGCCUCUCUGGCAUGUCCCAGCAUCAUCGUCUCGAGGACCAGGUGGCGGAGGGGGGCAGAGGAGAAUAACGAGACAGGAUGUCCCGGCCAAAGACUCUCCAAACAGACACUCAAAGGUCGAGGCUCAGUACUCCAGCCACUCCAGCAGCAACACGUUGUCCAGCAACGCGUCCAGCAGCCACAGCGACGAGCGCUGGUUUGACGGCGGACCUGGAGGAGAGCGGGUAGGCGGCGGAUUUCUCGGCGACCCGGUCGAUCCAGACCCGGACCUUCUCAACCAGGGGGGCUCCAAUGACAGCGGCAUCGACGCCUCCACGCACUACAACAGCGGCCACCGCGGACACAAGACCGGCAGCCAGUCUCACAAACCCAUGCACCCCUCGGCGACCUACAGCGGCUUUCCGGAGCUGUCCGUGGGAAGGAGCAGCAAUGGCGGGGAGUCGAGAAGACGGGAGUCUUCUCCCAUUAUGCCAGGCGCUGCCAAUCAGAACAGAGGGUACCCAACCAAAACGUUCCCCCCUCCCAGCUCCAGCGCUGAAAAAAUGGACGCUUUCAAACCAAGGGCCUUCACACCACAGGGCUUCAAGACGCCGGCGGCGGAGAAAGCGCGGCCCGUCCGAGCUUCUACGACGACGCCCACCUCGGGUCAGAUGGGCUCCAGCCCUUUGUCUAGUUCCGCCCCCAAGGAGUUUUACGGGAAGAGCAAAUCGAGAAGUCGUCACACAGAAGAGACCAGCGUAUCAUCUUCAAACACUUCCAAUUCUGAGAGCAACAACAACAAGAAGCUGGUGGAUACGAAUUCAAAGAACGUGUUUGGGCAGCCUCGGCUCCGGGCGUCGCUGAGAGACCUCCGGUCUCCACGUCGGACAUACAAGAGCACCAUCGAAGACGACCUGAAGAAGCUGAUCAUCAUGGACAACCCCGGAGAGACGCCACCGUCCGACCCGUCUCCCAGGCACACCCUGCAGCGCACCUUUUCAGACGAGUCCCUGUGCAGCGGGCGCAGAGACGCCGCCUUCGCCUGCUCCGAGAACCAAACCACCUCCAGCGACGUGCUGUUCACCUGCACGCUGCCCACACGCAAACACUCGAGCUCCUCCAACAACUCCAGCCACUCGCACAGCAAGAAGAUGCCGCUGUCCGCGUCGGAGUUGUCCCUGACGGAAGUGAGAGACAAAGUUCCUCCUCUAAGGAGGCUGGACCCGGGCCUGAUGCCGCUCCCCGACACGGCCACCGGGUUGGAGUGGUCCAGCCUGGUUAAAGCCGCAAAAGCCUUUGAAGCACAAAGAGCCGUCUCCCUGUUCUCACUGAACGAGCCGCAGCUUGGAGGUCCGGAAGCGAGACAGACCGCCAGUCCGGUUCAGUUCAACACUCCUCAGACGCCGCGGACCACGCCGACUUUCAGCGGAGAUGAGGUGCCCAACGACCUGUCGGGUCGGCUCUUCCAGCUCGAGGUGAUGCUAAAACAGCUGAACAAUGAUCUGGAGAAGGAGAAGCAGGAUAAAGUCGUCCUGCUGGCAGAGAUGGCGAACCUGAGAGAAAACAACCAGCGGCUGCAGGAGGAGAGCCUGACAGCCAGCGAGCAGCUGCGCAAGUUCAACGUGCUCUUCACCAACCUCCAGACCGGAAGUGACCGUGAGACUCAGCCUGUGACGCAGGACGCCAGCUCCCAACGGGAGUGACGGACCGGAACCAGACGGGGUGGGGGGCAUAUUUAGCUACCCAGUGGGACUGCCUUAAACCAGAUGCCGUGAGAACAGACCACCUGGACUUGUAAACAAGCAGCUCUCCCGGAGAGUCUGCACCUGUGUGUACUCUGAGCCCGUUUAUUUUUCUAACCUGAAGUGAAAACAUCUCAUUGGACUUGUGAUGCUACUAUGCCGGAGGAGCAAGCAGGAGAAGACUGUUUUAGAGAACACUACGUCACCUGGAGAGGCCUAAUACUGUUUCUGCAACAAAUCAGCCAAAAAAAAAAAAUAAUAAUUAAUCGAAACUGCAUCUCCCAGAAUGCACUACACAUUGUGGAAGCUCUACAGGUAUGAUUAUACAGACGCCUGUGUGGUACGAUUCUCAUCAUCAACAUCACACUAAUAAACUAAAUAGAGAGGUGUGAGUGUGUGUGGGUGUGUGUGUGUGUGUGCGCGUGUGCGUGUGUGUGUGUGUGUGAAAAGCGACAAACAGACUUGUUUACUGUAAUAUAAACCGUUCAGGCUCUGUUCUCCGUUAACGAGGAUGUACUGUGGCUCUCAGACGUGAACCGAAGCCCCGUCGUCGUUCUGACCUGCGAUGAUGUCAUGGAACUAAACUCAGUGAAACAAUAACACCGUAUCUUCUCGGUUUGACUCCCUGCUUUAGCAGAACCUGAACAUCUCUGAUCCAGAACCUCUGGAUCUUUGUUUUAACCUCAGUUACUACAGUGUGUCUCUUAAAGAACAGCCAUGACAUUUUGAGUGUUAUGCUUUCAUUUGGAGACCCGAUCUACAGCGAUGAAACAACAAGAUUAGGUUGUCAUUUUAUAAAUAAGAUAAGUUGACUAUAAAUUAUUUCACUUUUAGUUCUAUUUUAAAGGGGGAGGUGUUAUGUAAAAUUAACUUUUUGUUUAACUUUAUCAUCAUGUUAUUCCCUCAACAAAAACGUACCCGAAGUGUUGCUUUGAUUCUUUCGUGCUUGUUCUGUAAAACCUUGAAUCUCAGAUGGCAGCUGUUCAGGGUGUCUGUAAACGCUUGGUUUGUCAAAGCUCCGCCCAUGUCCACGUAGCUCCGCCCAUGUUCACAUAGCUCCGCCCGUUUCCACAAAGCUCCUCCUCGGAGCUGCACUCACGAGCCGAGCUUCAGCCUCCUAAGAACGGCAUAACGAGGAGCAUUGCUGUGAUGACGUGCUGAAGGCGGGGUGUUAAGAAGAGUAGUAGCUUCUUAAAGAGACAGUGGCCCAAUAACAGCAGAGUGGCCCAGUUAUUAUUGGGCCACUCUGCUGUACUACAAUAUGAGCCUGGAAGACGCAUAAUGCCUCCCUUUAAAUUUUCAAGCCAGUAAAUGUCGAGUCCGACUGAAAAACUGACGACUGUUUUUUUUUUUUAAGGUAAAUCCUUCUCAGGAGAAAAAAUGAGCCUAAUCCCUCAAAAUGUCAACCUGUCCCUUUAAUUUGUCAACAUGAAGCUCCGUCGCCCUGGACAUGUACUGGCAGGAAGCAUCGACUGCACGUAAAAAUUCACUGAACGACGCUGUGUGAGCGUGUGAACAGGUUCCUCUCAGUAAACUAAGAUAUCGUCAAAAAGUUCAUUCAUUUCAGUGAUCUCAUUUAAAAAGCGACAUAUUUUAUUCCUGAUAGAUUUCAUGGACGCACCGUGAAGCUAAUUAAAAAAAAAUAAAUCUAAGUCUGUCUCAGAGGAUUCAAAAAUAAUUUUAAAAUGACUAAAGCAAUUUUCAUUUCAGAACGUUUUCUCCUGGCUACAGUCAUCGACUGCAGGAUGCUGGAGUAUUCAAGCAUAGAAAUGGAAAGUAAAGUGGAAGAAAAAAGUGUGGAAGACAAACAUGUCUGAGUUUCACUUUUUGAAAUUGAACAAUAUUCUAAUUUACUGAGAGGCCUCCUUUGUGUGUGUGACCCCCGCCCCAUAAGCUAAAAUGAACCCAAAUAAACAAAAACACUCUGUACACCCUCUAUACAGCCUUCCUAAUAUUGUCUACUAUAGCUAUUUUCCUACAGAAGAGUGUGUUUUUAGGAUCCCUGGUACUUUAUGGACAAUAUAUCCCAGCAGAGGAUAAAUCAGAGAUAUUUCUGAUGAAAACGUCUCUGUACUUCUUUACUGAAUUCUCCAACCCUCUCAGGUUCUUUGAUGCUGUUCAGCGCUGCAUCUCCACCAUCAGAGACGAUGUGCUGCUGUUUAUGCUGUGUUCGGCGCCCCUUUAAUAUUUCUGGGUUGAAGGACUUUUUAAAAGACGCCGUCGGAGCCGACCGGUCUGGAAAACAGCUCUGUUUUGUUUGCAUAUAAUCUACAAAUGCAAGCGGAAAUGCGAACUUGUUCAUCAGCAGCUUACUAAUCGUUCUCCGUGAGACGACAAAGUGCAAAGGCUGUGAUAGUUCAGUAAGCUUCACGUCAAACGCGACUUGAAAUGAGACGAAAGGUUUUCCUUCUGCUCGUUUUGUCGAAGUGCAGCUUCAGCUCUGAUGUCGCCGACCGUCUGAGGUCCAUCGCUUUGACCAAUCAGACGGCAGCCACUUUGGCCCUCACGUCCCCUCACGGUCACAGUGAAGGACACCAUCCUGUAGAAAACGUCUUUUUGUUGUUCACUCAGCUUUGUGGGCGUUGCCCUAACUUUAGUCUUAAUUUCCUGUUUGCUUUUGUAAAACGGUUGCAGUUUCUUAUUUUCUCUCUCUCUAUAUACAUAUAUAUUAACAAAUAUAAAUCAUGCUAUGAAUCAUUUUUAAGCUAUUUAAAGCGUACACAACUCCCCCUCCCAUGUCGAACAAGGCAGUGACUUAUUAUUACUGGUAAUUUUGUUUUAAUGUUAAAUAUUUUUUGUAAUUUAUUUUUUAACCCGUUGGCCACUGUUGCAGAACAGUGAGGAGAAGAUACUGUGUUUUAAACGUGCUGUUUUACCUCUGAUUUCUGUUCAUAGCUGAUUUGUUUGAUGCCUCUGCGCAUCAGGGGUUCCUUCAGCCGAAACAAAAGCCUUCUGGAUUUCUUUGUAAUAACUUGUAAAUUGUAAAUUAUGUUUUCAUUAUUUUAUAAAAAAAAAAUUAAACUAUA